CGCUGCUGUCUUAAAGGAACUGACCCCCUCAUGUGCAAUCAAUUCAUCCAAAUCAGAGGCCCUAUUUACAGUAUGUUGUGUCCUCCCUUUGUUCACUCUUUCUGAUCUUCAACAUGAUGUACCAGUUUGGGGACGCAACAGAUCCAUCUGACUGAUGCACGUUGAGUUGGUGGGUGGUGUUUGUUGGUGUUUGUUGCAGUUUGGAGCUCAGACGCUACGUGGCGCUGUCGCACCGUGAGAGGAGCCCGUCCUGCUCCGGUGAAAGCUGCUCUCUGACAGUCAGUCUGAUGGAAAAACCAGAAAGAAACUCAACCAUCCUGCAUUUCAGCCCUUCACGCCGGAGCGCACUGACUCUUUCCCGGAGGAGAUGGACGCCUCUGCGCCUCACCAGAGGAACCAGAGGAACCAGAGGACCGCUGCUGGGGCGUGUUGGGUGGGAGAGGCUGAAGGCGUGAGGAGGAGGAGGAGGAAGAGGAGGACGGUACAGUCAGUUUAAUUCCUUCAACCGGCUGGCUUUUACGCAGGGUGGAGAGGUUCCAGUGUAAUCCGCUUUCCUGGGAGGAGCAGGGAAAGCCCUCCUCUCUCCAGACCGACACCGAGAGACUAAAGUCGGGUAGGGACAGAGAGAGUUGACAGGUCAUAUCUGGAGCUUUUUGAGGAAGAUCAUCAUUCCACCUCACAUCAUGAGUGGACCAACAAAUGUUCAGUACCAGUCGGGUCUUUACGGAGGAAACAACAACAGCAGCUCUCCUCUCUCCAGCCGUGGAAAUUCGCCCAUCGUGUGCGAGCGCUGUGGCGAGGUGUGCCGUGGGGAGGUGGUGCGCGUCAAAAACACACACUUCCACAUUAACUGCUUCACCUGCCAAGUGUGUGGCUGUGAUCUGGUGCACUCGGGUUUCUUCCACCACUCUGGCGAGUACAUCUGUACGGAGGACUACCAGCGGCUGUACGGGACCCAGUGUGACAGCUGUGACCAAUACAUCACUGGGGAGGUGGUGUCUGCCCUGGGGAGGACGUACCACCCACACUGCUUCGUCUGCAGCAUCUGCAGGAGUCCGUUCCCAAUUGGAGACAGGGUGACCUUCUGUGGGAAGAAGUGUGUGUGUCAGCAGUGCUCACACACUCUGAAAAGCGACAAACCCGUCAAGGUCCACGGACCAAGCUACUGUGCAGGCUGUGGCGAGGAGAUCAAACAGGGCCAGUCUCUGCUGGCAUUGGAGAGACAGUGGCACGUCAGUUGCUUUAAAUGCCGAACGUGCGGCUGUACGCUCACCGGAGAGUACAUCAGCAAGGAUGGGAUACCUUACUGUGAGACUGACUACCACACUCAGUUUGGGAUCAGGUGUGACAGCUGUAACAGGUACAUCAGCGGCAGAGUACUUGAGGCUGGAGGGAAGCGCUACCACCCCAGCUGUGCCAGGUGUGCUCGCUGUCACAUGAUGUUCCUGGAAGGAGAGGAAAUGUACCUUACAGGUUCAGAGGUUUGGCACCCCAUGUGUAAAGAAUCAGCUCGGCUGGAGAGAAAACUGAGGCUGAGACGCACCUCUGAGACGGCGUCCAUCUCUCCUCCGGGCUCCUCUCCUCUCCUCGGCUCCCCUCACCGGCUCAUCUGUUCUAAAGCUGAUGUUUUGGACUAUAAGCAGCUGGCGGCUCUGCCCCGGGUCAAAGCCAUAUAUGACAUCCAGAGGCCUGACAUCAUCCCUUAUCAGGCCGACCAUGCACACACACACCUCUCAGAUGACACUCUGGAGCGAUACAGCUGCGGACAGUCAUUGGGCUCCUUAUCACCAUACUCUCAUGAUCUCUUGGACAGCGUGGAGUUGAGAACGAGGCGUUCCUCCAGCUCCGCUUUCACUGACUCUCCUGCACACAGUCGCCACGGAGGCUCCCCACUGCAUUAUUAUCUCCCCGGCAGUGAGAGUGGCAGGAGUUCACCUUAUUACAGUCAGCCAGAGCCCUGGUGUGCCACACCCAGCACCACCACCACCACCUUCCAAGCCCCCAAGCAUUUCCAUGUGCCAGCUUCUGAGGAAACCAACAUCUACAGGAAACCCCCCAUCUACAAAAGAAAAGACAUAUUUGCCUCUCCGACAGCCAAUAAGAGUAAGACCAAUGAGAACCUCCUCAACUCCAGUGGCCUUUCCACCUCCAACUGUAACAGCCUUUAUCACCCAGACUCCAACUACUACCCAUACACUGGCUCUCCAAAAGUCUCCAGGGUGAGGAGGUUUUCAUCGGGAGGAGAGGAGGAUGGAUGGAACCACAAUAUAAACAAGGGAAUUGGCAGAAUGAUCCUGAAGGAGGAGAUGAAAGCGCGGUCGGGUUGUCACGACAAUGACCAGUGGGGAAGCAGGCGCAGUUCCCGCUGUAGCAGCAAGGAGGCGCUGAACAAUCUGGAAUACAGCUCCCUCAAUGGCUCUCCCAGGUCCAUCUACAGUGCAGACAGCGACUCAUACAUUGCCAAAUCGUCCUCGUUGCCAGGCUACGGCAAGAAUGGACUCAACAGGCCCGGGAGCGCUGGUGCAGAUUAUUACCAGUAUGACAGCAGUAAAGCAGUUAACUGGCAGAUCAGAGAAUACAAGAUCUACCCAUAUGAAGCCCUGAUUGUGUCAGUCAGAGGGAUGCAGCGUCUCCCGUGUGAUGUGGACCGAGCCAGACUGGAGCGUCACCUCUCACCAGAGGAGUUCUACAGAGUCUUUGGCAUGUCCAUGUCUGCCUUUGAUCAUCUCGCUCAGUGGAAGAAAAACGAGCUGAAAAAACAGGUCCGACUCUUCUGAGGAAAAGGAAGCCACAAGAAUCGUCUAACCUAAUGCCGGUCCAACAGUGUGCUCUGAAGAGUAGCCUCCAGAGAGGUCUGCUGACCCCAGCUUGACUGUCACAGAGGAAGCGGAGGAACUGGCUGAAAUCCUCCUCCUUUUGAGGUGCCAAGAGCAGAACUGUUGAGCUCCUGAUUUUGUAUGUACUUGGACUUCUUAAGCAAUACAUAUGGAAUGAGAGGAAGGAUAACUGGAAGGAGAUCAUGAGGAGUUUGAGAGGCAGCAGAUGAGCCACGUUGGAGCUGCAACAGACAGAAUGAGUAGAAGUUGUUCUGCUUCUCCCUCUCCUACCAGCAGAUGGCAGUGUGUUAACAGGAGCACCAGGGUGGCAGUCUGAUACAUGACCAAGUGGACUGUAAAAUGAUGUACUUCCUACCAUACUGAGGGGUCUGCCACGCUGCGCCAAGCUUCCAUCCAUGCCGAAAAUUAGGGAGACAGGUUGGGAAGUUAGUAGACUGCCUGGGAAACAGACUGGCACAUUGUUUGGGUCAGUAAAGAUCCAGUUUUAUUCAUCAGCAACUCUUAAGCUGACGAGAUUAGUGAGAUUCUCAUUAACAUUAGGGUUAUUGAACGUGACAUACACAAUGUUUUUUUUAAAAUAAUGAGCAAAUAAUGCAACCCAAAGGUUUUCUUCUUUUUUUUUAAAUACUGGCAUGUGUUUGUUAUUUUGAUGUCAGUUUUUUUCUGAAGCCAUAUCAGUGUUGAGAGGUCUUCUCUAUGACAUGAGUACUGAGGUGGUUUUUGAAAUAUGAUGUGAUCGUAAGGUUUAAUGUGAAUGAGCUGUGUGAGAGAAAUCAGGUUUUUGGUACUACACACACUUUAAAAAUAAGAUGUUUUUUGCUUAUUUUAUUUAAACGUUUUUGUCCAUUCAUGCUUGCAGCUGCACUCGUGAAGCGGCUCAGGCUUUCAGAUGUUACAUUACAGUUAAACCAGACUGAAUCAUGUUUGUUUGCGUGUGUGUGUGUGUGUGUGUGUGUAAUUACAGCAAAUGACUAAGGGUGAUUUUCAUGGAUGAUUAUUCAGACCUUUAGAAUGAAGGGGAAAAACAAUGCACAAGUGAAGGAAGGAAAUGGGAAGAGGGAUUGAGAAGAGGAGGAAGUAACAAGGGAAGAGACAAACAAACAAAGACGUAAAGAGAAGUAUUAGUGUUAGAGUUAAGAAAGGAUUUGUGUUUGGGUUAAAAACAAAAAAAGUGUGAGAGAAACUGAGCUGAAUGGAUUCAAUAGGAGCUGAAUGUGUUAGAUAGCUUGAAUGUAAAAGAUUAAAUGAUGCUACAGGAACUGAAAUCAUGAGGUGUGUUUGUGUUUACAGGUCUUCAAAGCACAUUUACCACAUUAAAUGUGUUUGAUAGGCUACUCACUUAUUUUUAAUUUAUUGUAUCAUUUAUAAUUUACAAACCCGUGUCUGUCACUACCACUUCUGAAUAAAUGAUUCGAGCUUCA